AUGUCCUCCCCACGCAGCGUGAAUGGUGCCUCGCAUCUUUCCGCAACCCCGCCGGGGUCGAACAGCUUGUCCGCGUCGCCGAGCGGGCCAUUCCGCGGCUCGCCGCUGACGCCCUUAUCGCCAGCUUCCCUAUCUUCAGGCUCGACAGCGCGGUCGAACCGACCCACAAGAUCGUCGUCGCCGGUGCUUCUCCACCCCCUUCCACCAUCGACUGCGCUGGAGAGGGAAAGUAGGGCUGAGAGCGAGCUGGAACUCCAGCGGCAGACGGAACAGGCUCGGCGCGAGCGGCUGCUGGCCGAAGCGCUGCAGGACCAGCGGCACGAGGUCGAGCGUAUCGCCGCGCGGAGCGAGAAUGGCCUCUGGGCACAGGAACAGCGACAGAAGGCCAGACGGCAGGACUCGUCCGCCCCCACUGCCUCUGAGCCGACGAAACCCUUCACGCGGCCCCCGCAAGCGUACGAGCUAUAUCAGGCGAUUGACAAGCGUGACCUCGAGUUCGUGUCGCGCGUCAGAGACCACUGCUUCAACAUGCUGCUGCAGAAGAAUGCGGCCGAGUUUCCCAUCAUCUACGCAGCUAGGAUUGGGCCGAGUCAUCGCGAUAUCGUCAUCAUGCUCGUUGGCGCUUUCUCGAGAUACGUCAACAACUUGGACGAGGAGCAAUUCAAGGAGAGGGAAGUGCAGAACACGCUCAAGAUGCUCCGGACAAACAUGGCAAUCGACAACGCCCUCCUGCCCGCGCAGCAGUCGCACCUCCUCUCAUCCUACCUGCAAGUCCUCAUCAUGUCCGAGGGCGACAGCUGGGUGCAUCGGGCGUCGCACGACGUCGGCCUGCUCAUGCGCUCCGAGCGGUCCGAGCCAGCGGCUGAGGCCGAGGACCGCGUCCGGCGAUUCAGUACGCGCGAGCUGCGCGGCGUGCCCGGCGGCGUGAAUGAGGUCGAGGAGUAUAUUGCCAAUGCGGCCAUUGAUCUGGUGAUUCUGGCCGCAUGGGGAGUUGCGGCUGGACAGAUUGGCGCGGAGCCGCUGCCUACGUACACUUUUGCCCGAGACUUGAGGACCUGGACGCUCUUCAUGGAGGCGAUGGAGGAGAACAAGGCGAAACUCCCGCGCGUGAACAAGCGCACGCGCCAAAUCCUCGACGUGCUCAAGAACAAAGCGGGAGACAGCAAGAUUGGCGUGCAGGCGCGUCUGAGGGCCAUUCGCGAGGCGAUCGAUCGCAAGCCCGGCUCCCCGUAG